CGUGUCAACGUGACCGCCUGCGAAACGUACAUUUCGCUUUACCUGCGAUUGGAUUUGCGCAUUUGCUGGUUGUGCAGUAAACUUUCGGUUGGGUAGUUUGUGGAAGGAAUACUGCUGUGCUAGUUCUGUGAUGCAAGUAAACUGUUGAGGCCUGGAAGUUUGUGUUGGAAGCCUCACAAGUUCCAUAGCUGGGGUUCCGGUUCCAGUGUCAGUAGGUACUAAAAUUUAUUGGAAAUGGCACUUUUGCCUCCUGGGUAGUGCAUAUUGAUUAUUUCAUUUUCAUUUUCGAGUAACACCAUAUCAGGAUGUGUGACGCGCCAGGAGCCGUGGAGAAGCCGCCGACCUGCGCGGAACAGACCAGCACCAGCACGGACAAAGACAGCUCAGAGGCGGGCGCCGAGUCCAACCGUGACUCCGGCUAUGGACCCUCCACCGGCACGCAGAGAAGCAGUACAAACAGCUCGUUUAGCCGCGGCUGUUUCUCUGGCGAGGAGAGUCAUCGCUCCAGUGGCAGUGAGACAAGCAGCGGCCGGCUGGCGCUGGCCCCGGGCGCGGCGCCCAGCGCCCCGACCGGUCACCCGGCGCCCGCGGGCACCAAGGCCGCCAGGCAGCUGAGCGGAGCGGCCGCCGACUCGGGCCUCACGCCCUCAGAGGAUAAGAGCGUUGAAGAUUCUUUCCAGGCGGCGCUACAGAAGGGAGCCUACCAACAUGUCAUGUCAUACGUGCGGAAAAUCCUGGAGUGGGAAAAAGCGCGUGUGGGCGAGGUGAGCUCCUCGGUACCGGCCUCCUCUGCUGAGAAGGAGGACAGCGCCGGAGCGUCGGCCGAGGACAGCGAGCCGCCAGCGCGUCUGGAGGUGCUGGUCAGCCUGCGCAAGGGCACUGUGGUGCGCACCUCCGGCAGCAUGGCCGAGCUGCUAGGCUACCCACCAGACAUGUGGGUGGGUCGCAGCUUCAUCGACUACAUCUACCCGCGGGACCGCGCCUCCUUCACCAACACCAUCAACGACAUGGGAGUCGACGUGGAUGGCCUCAUCAGCAACAAAGACGGCUCCACUAGCUCCAGUCAGCUGUUCUGCCGGCUGCGCCAUCACCGCGGACUCAAGUCGGUCGGUUUUAACGUGGUCAGCCACUCGCACAUCUACCGGCCCUUCCAGCUGCGGAUCCUGUUCCACGACCUGAAGCUGGACCAGCUCAGCGGCGAGGGUCCGUGCAUCCUGGUGGUGGCUGACGUGCUCCAGCCGGCAUACAAGUCCACGCCAGAGGGCGUCCACCCGGGUUUCCGUAACCUGGACUUUUCGAUGCGCCACACUGCCCAGUGCCGCGUCGACCAGUACGACUCUCAGGGUAUCACGCUUCUAGGCUUCCUGCCGCAGGACGUGGUUGGUCGGAGCAUGGUCGAUCUCUUCCAUCCGGAGGACCUGCCCGCCAUCAAAGACGUCUACAGGAAAGUGACCCAGCGUACGGGCACGCCGUUCCGUAGUCGCCCGUACCGCCUGCGGGCCCAUAACGGCUGCUACGUCGGCAUGGAAACCGACUGGAGCUGCUUCGUCAACCCCUGGUCCAACCGCAUCGAGGCAGUCAUCUGCAAACACAGAGUCAUCAAGGCGCCGAGCAACCUCAACAUCUUUGACGAAGAUGAGGAGGAUGGAGCCGACUGUGCCGACAAGCUGAUGCUCAGGAACAGUCACCGGGUUGAUAUCGAGAACAUUCUCUCCAAGGCGCUGCCGGCGGCCGACAGCAAGGCCUCGUACCUGACACAGCGCCGCCGCCGACUGGUGGCUCUCAUGGAGAGUCUCAUCAGCGACCUCGAGGAAACUGUCGACCAGCCGGCUACGCCAGACCAGGACCACACGUCCGUGCCCGGUGACGUGUCGCCGCACACGUCUGAGCGCGGCUCGCCUGCGCCCAUCUCAGUCAGCGUGCCCAACUACGUCCAGCUCAACUACAAGGAGACCAUCAACAGAUUUUUCGAAUCUCAUCCGAAAACAGCGAUUGGCUCCUCGGACGAGUCUGACUCGAGAAAUGACAGCAUUGGCGUGGCUGGCCCGUCCUCAGGUAGACGUACCGCGGCGGUGGCCUCAGCGAGUCUGGACUCGCCGCAGCCGGGCCCCAGCGGGGUGUCGGUACCGACUGGCGGGUCGCGUCACUCGCCGCCGCCGCCGCUCACCAGCUACCACCACCAGCCGCUGACACAGGCCGUGCUCGACAGACACAAUGCUGAUAUGGAAAAGAACAUGCGCCAGUCUCUGGGACCGAAGAAGCAUAUUUGUCACAGCAGCAAGUGUAAGAUGAUCAAACACAACAGCUGCAGCGAACCCAAGAAGGGUCUGGACGAGUUUGAACAGGAGCGUCGGCACGCGAUGCUCAACACGGCCGGCUGGCCGGCGCCCAGUGUGUUCUGGCCGCCGUUCUCCGCCUGCCUGACCGGACCCGGAGCGCUGGCUGGUGUCGGAGCGGCCGGUGUGAGCCAGUGGUUGGGCGCCGCCGGACCGGCCGGCGCGCUCCGGCCGCACGGCGUGGCCGUGUUUCAGCCGGUGGAGCCGCCGCCCGUGCCGCCGCAGCCGCAUCACGUUCUGCUGGGCCCGCUGUGCCAGCCACCUCAGCUGAUGGGCGGCCUGAUGGCGGCCUUUUCCACCGCUCCUCCCCCGGCCGCCGCCGCCGCUGCUGCUGCCGCCGCCUCCCGGAAGCGCCCCGUGUCCCUAUCGCUGUCGGUGUCGGCACGGGGAGGUCUGUCGUCGGGAGAGCAGAGCGGAGACUGCACCACCACCACGUCUGAGAGUCUCCGUAAGAUGAACCUGGAUAGCGACGAGGAUCUAUCGAAAGAGAAGCGCGGCAGUGACCUCACGUUCAGCGACUCCAGUCUCUCCUCGGCUCUGAGGGACGUGGACGGUGUCGGAGACGGAUCCAACUUCGGCUGGCCGAGUUACCACCCGCGUCACGCCGCCGCUGUCCGUGAUGAGGACCAGCCAGCGGGCUACGGGCCGUCGUCCUCGCAGAUGGAGGAACCCAAACAAAAGCCGGUUCUCAUGGACCCGCCGUGGCUGGUGGCCGUCAGUCAGACCUGCGAGCUCACCAAACAGUACCAGCUGGAGCCGCGCAACCUGCAGGAGGUGCUCGAGCAGGACAGACUCGCUCUGACUCAGAUGACUCAGCCCGCGACCCUGACGGAGCAGCUCAGCCAGCUGUACCAGGACCUACAGACGGUCGGCGCUCCGUCCGUGCUGAACCUGGAGGAACGCGACCCGACCAGCGGAUCCUCGGACGAGUCGAGCGCCAUCCUCGGAAAAAGGGUGAAGCGAUGCCGGCGGGUGCACGAGUACGACCGACUGACGAUUGUGUUCGAGGAGGACUCGCCAAUCCCGCCGCCCACGCUGCCGGCCAUCCGCCACUGCGAGAUCGUGCCGCCCGUCACCAGCUAAGCGGGCUCGCAGAGCAACAGCUGCGGGGGCUCUAACCGAGGGGGCUCUCUCACCAGAUGAAUGGGAUGUCAGGUCAACGGCUGAGCAGGCUCUGUCACAGCCGAGGGGGACUCUGUCACUUGCUGAAGGGGCUCUGUCACCAUCUAAGGGGCUCUGUUACCUACAGAGAGCUCUUAAAUCACCAGCUGAGGGCUCUCAGGACGUGACCAGCUGAGGGGGAGGGUUAAGGACUACGAUGGACCCCGAGUGUGCCCAAAUCAGUUACCGACUGAGAGGUAUACAGUGGACCCAAACAAGCCGCCAGUUUAGCGGCCCCACAGCGGAUUGAGACAGAUUCGAGACAGGCCGAGAUGUGCCGAAUGGGGUUCAGAGAGGGCUAAAUUGGGCGGCCCGUACGGGGUUCAAGUCGGCCCCUGAAGGGAGGCAUCUGACGUGUGAGAGUCUAGGCCGAUCUAGGUAUGCCGGACUGGAUUUAGCUUACAGGGUGCGGAAAAAGUUCUGUCAUAUGCAUGCUAAUCUCGCCUACGAGCGCUGCGGUUGAGUUCUGGGCAGCGAAUACCCGCAGGCGUGACCUUCGGUGACCUAGCCUUCUGGCCGGAGGGCAGAAACUACCAGCUGUUCACGGUCAGUCAUGAAAAGGCAGGCUAAACGACGCCUCGUCGCUGGGUGCCUGUGCGCGGCGGCCAAAUCGGGCAUGACCGAUAAGCAGGUUACGGCAAAAAGUGGAGUCACCUGGCGAACAGUCAUGCGCAUUAAAGCCAAAAUACGAGCAGGGGAGACCAAGGGGGAGACUGUCGAUCCGAUGGUUCGAUUCAAUCCGGUGAAUAAACAUCCACAGAAAGUGAUGGUGCUCGGCGUGGUGGGUUCGGACGGCAAGAAGUGUCCGAUGAUCAUCAUUGACGCCAAUGAGAAGAUGAAGAGGGUGGUGUACGAACGUCUGCUGAACAAUGACGUCAUCCCAUGGAUCCUGAGGACCUAUCCACUCGGCAAUUUUGUGCUCCAGCAGGACGGAGCGCCCGCGCACACUGCAAGCUCCACCCAGCAGAAGCUGACGGAAGAGCUCCGGGGGAGGCCCAUUUCUGGCGCAGGGAGACGUGGCCUCCUCAGUCCUCAGUCACCCGACCUGAACUCCCUCGACUACGGCAUCUGGCGCGUAUUGCAGGAGGAGGUCCAGGGAGUGUCCCAUCCUAAUGUGGAGGCUCUCAAGGCGCACAUCGUGAAGACGUGGGAGGCGAUGGACCCUGCCUACAUCUUCAAGACAUGCCAGUCUUUUCACCCCUUUGUGGAGAAGGUCAUCACCGCUGAGGGGGGUUAUAUUGAGUGAGGGGGGAGUGAAAACAUGUGGUAAGAUGUGCCAAACCAGUGUUUGGUGGUUUUAUUAAAUAUAGCUGCUCAGGUUGCCUUUGAUUGUGGAAAUGCGGAGAUAUGACAGAACUUUUUCCGCACCCUGUAUAGUGAAGUUUGGGACAGGCCAGCUCAGGUGGGCCCACAUCGGGCUCAGGCCGAGUGGACAUAGACGGAAUAACUGUCAAUUUGUGGUGGAGUGAAUCCAGACGAGAUCGAAGUGGACUGGGGUGACGGGCAUCCAUCUGAUAAAACAGGCGACAAAAUUGUUCUGAAAUACCGAUUGACCGGUAUCCAACAGCUAGGAUCUUCGAAGGAUCUCGGGUGCCUUUCCUCUUACCUAUUGACCUUGAGCCUUACGGCUUACGGGAUGUAUAAAAAACAGAAUUUUCGACUUUUCUGGUGGCUUUGGCAGAAUUCAGCAUAGCUCAAGCGUAUAAAUCACGCUAGGAAAAUUGCCUUACUCAGGGAUAGUGAAGAUCAUACGUUCUCUGAUAGGAAUGUACUUAGAUUUCGAUAUCGAUCGAAUAGCUGUCGAUUUCGUAGAGGCUUUUAGCUGGUAUUUCCUGAUAUUAUAUCUGAAUUAUUUACACAAAUAUGAAAUAUAUAAUACCUGCUUCCUAGGCAUGGAAUAUUGGCAAUUUAUUUACUUUUUGUUUUUAUUUAUUAGUGACAGUGAAGGCUUUUUUAGGUCACGGCUUGGGUCUGGCACUAGAUAGGAUUGUGACCAUUGGUAGUUGGUACCGGCUGAGGCCGAAAUGGGCCGGUAAUGGGCGAACUGGGUCCCACACGUCCAAAGUGAUCGAGCUUAUUGGCUUACGACAUUCGGCUGUUAGAGGUAUGGUCUGAUGUAUGUUGGGAAUAGUUCUAUCUAUUAUCGGAGACCAUCCGGCCUAGUCAGCUCAACCGCCGAGUGUAUGUGUCCUUUCAGUCUCGGGAACGGUUUGUGAUCGCGUAUCAUAGUCCGGCUUCCAUAACGGUCGAAAGUCGAAAAUGCGUCGUGCAUAUGUAUGGAGCUUUUUCCGUGAUAGCUCGAAGAGGAAAGAGUUUGGUUUUUACGUUCUUCAAAUAUGUAAAAUUAGUACUUAUAGAUCUUUUUGGUGCAAGUGUUCACAUGAUAUGCGUUGGUGUGCUAUAUGUAAGCUCCGCAAACGGAUAUUGUUAGGUGGAGAUUCGAUGUUAAUUCUUUUCGUUUUUUCUCUAAAACGUUGUCUUCCCUGCCUUUAGUCUGACUGGGACAGCCUGUGCUUCUUGCUCUGUGUACCGGACUGCUGGGUCCAUGUUCCUCGGUGUUGGUGCGAUGAUGCACCCCUGGUGUGACCGUCCCGUCCCUGCGCGUUCCCUUCCACGGCAGUGUCCGCGUCGGGUCUCAGUGUUACCGCGUUCGGGUGUCGAUGCGCCCGCCGGUGGGCCUCGAAGGCGCGCCCGUUCUAAUGACGUUAGGACAGGACGGUCGGGUCGGCCGUCCCGGGCCGAUGUUGCCGCGAGCGUGGUGUGUUGGUGGCUGCACUCCAUAUCCGAACGUCUGCACCAGCCAGUCAACGUGUGUGUGUCGAAUACAGAACGUCCGGGAACA